AUGGUGGUCGUCAAUCGAACGGCGAGCGAUGUAGAAGGCGGCCAGGCAGAACGGCCUUUCGUGUACAACGGCGAUGAGCGACGACCGAGUCGGCUGCAGUCAACGGAAGGCCACAACUCUGUCUCUACUGACUUUGGCCUUGGCUUGGCUUUGGCUUGGCUACGACGCGACAGUGAGCGAAGUUUUCACGAAAUUCUCGCGGAGAAGCUGAGCGGGAUCUGUGAGAGGGACGAGUGA